AUGAAGGUAGCUUUUGAGGAAUGGUCAACGGUGACACAAUUAAAUUUCAUCGAAGUAAAAAGAAAUGGAAAUAUUAAAAUUGCAUUUGUCAGCGGUGAACAUGGAGAUGGAUAUUCGUUUGAUGGACCAGGUAAAAUACUAGCACAUACAUUACUGCCACCUUAUGGAUUAAUUCAUUUUGACGCAGAUGAAAAAUGGGCUGCAAUGAUAAUCACAGAACUUUCAAGAUAUGAUACCAUAGAUUUACUACCAACAGCAAUCCAUGAAAUCGGUCACAUUUUGGGUUUGGAACAUUCCUGGGAAAAAGAUUCUAUAAUGUCACCUUUCUAUCACUAUCAGACAAUUAAUGAUGACGGAGAAUACGUGAAGCCGACACUUACUAAGUGUGAUAUUUCACGCAUACAAAAAUUGUAUGGUAACAGAAAUGCUUCCAUUUGA